CGUGGUUCUUCCGCCCCUCUCAGAUCACCCAACGCGCUCCCUUGAAGCUACUACCGUAGUUAGUUGUUAACAACCAGCUCUCCUUCCAACAGUAAAAGCUGAACAACCUAAUCUAGGAGUCGAAGGAAAUCUAGCAGCGACAAGUCCUCUUCUACAACUUCAACACAGGCAAUUGAGAAGGGACCUACGCAACAAUUCAGCGUUGUCUUCGAAGAAUUGAGAAGUCAGCAACGAAUUUGUUCGAAUCAAACUGUUAGCCGAAAGAAGCAACAACUCAACAGCAUCUCCGUUCGUUGAGCCUCAGUCCGAGUAUAAGAUUCUGAAUGGCAUAGUCAUGCGGAGAAUAAAUGUUUGUAGCGUCUCCUGUUCCAUUUGGAUGUACGGGUUAGGGAUUCUACUACUUUCUGAGCAGAAUCCGAUCGAGGCUUUGAAUCAUUAUGGCUGCACAAAAAUCAAUAACAAGUUAAGGCCAUCAGUGCUCCCGUAUUCAUCGUUGCUAUUUUAUACUCCACCAAAACAAAGAAUACGAUCAACUAGCAUGACGAGGAUCCAAAGCAUGACAAUAGACCCCGGAGCAGGUUUAUCUGUUACACCGCAAGACUCUGAUGAAGAAGACGACAACGACGAGGAACAACAAGGAGAUCACCAACUCGAUCUUCACCAUGUCAACAACGACGAUAGAGAUGGGUCAAAACCUUUCAUGACUUCGUCCUAUUUAGCUGCAGUCUCACCCAAGGAUCAUCAAAGACGGAAAAAACGAAAAAACAACAAAGCGAUGAAAGACAUCUCCUUUCUGCGGAAGCGUACAUCAACCCUACUCGCACUUACCGAACCCGAAAGCUAUCUUUCUGGACAACAGGAGGCCCCUCACCAACAGGCUCAUUUGAGCCGAGGAAUGAAAAUCAAUUUAAAUACAUUUAACUUUUUGAUUGAUGGGUGGGCAUUUUCGGGAGAAUCGGACGCUUGUGACAAGGCGAUGAUCUUGCUCGAGCGCAUGGAAGAGAUGUAUUAUAGGUACGGCGAGGACUCUCCGGUUUGUCCAGACGUUCGCAGCUACACUAAGGUCAUCAAUGCGUUGUCUCGCUCGAAGCACCGGGACUCGGCAAAUUUGGCGGAACAACUCUUGUACAAGAUGGAAGCAAUGGCGGAAAGCGGAGAAAACCCAUCCGCGAAGCCCAACACAUUCACCUACACCGCAGCGAUCGAGGCCCAAAGCUAUAGUGGGAUCAAAGGAUCUCCUGAAAAGGCCGAAGAGUUGCUUGAAAAGAUGAUCCAAAAGUAUCAAAGCGGCGACCCAGAUGUAGUUCCAAACGCCCGUUGUUUCAACGCCGCCAUUUCUUCCUACGCCAAAAGCGCCUUGCCCGGCGCGGCGCAGCAUGCGGAAUAUCUCUUUGAGAGAAUGGAUGGGCUCUACAUGUCGGGAGUGGAGGAAGCAAAACCGAAUUCCUUCAAUUACAAUAGCCUCAUUACAGCCUGGGCCAAUUGUCGUGAUCAAGAAGACGAAAACGGCGUAUGCUCCGCUCGCAAGGCGCAGGAAAUCCUAGAACGCAUGGAACAGUGCUAUGCCGCAGGCGACGAAUCCUGCAAACCCACCACGGUCAGUUACAAUGCCGUAAUCGAUGCCUACGCCAAGAGCAAACAAGAAGAGGCUGCCGAGCGGGCCGAGCAAGUCUUACGACGCAUGGGUGCCCUUUACAAGGAAGGAGCCGACAUACAGCCCAACACACGGUCUUUCAACACGGUAAUCAACGCAUGGGCAAAGAGCGGCCGGGCGGAUGCAGCCGAAAAGGCACAGGAUCUCCUCGAUUUCAUGACCAAUCUCUACGAGGACGGGAAUGCUGCUGUCCGACCGGACGCUCACUCCUUCUGUACGGUCAUCAAUGGUAUGUAUUUGCAUGCUUGGGCGUUUCCUAUCUAUGAGUCGAUGUUUGUUCGCAGACACGAUACUUUAUGUCUCGUAGUUGCAUCUCGUUUGUCUAUCCUUGGUUUGGUUCCAUCACUUGUACCUAGCGAUGUCGAUAGAGGUUUUCUACCCAUGUGAUUUUUAUUCGAUGUUUCUUACCUGUUCUCACUCAAUUUUCCAUUUUACUUUCGACACCUUCUCAUACUUUGUACAAAUCCGCAACCAACUGCAACAAAUACAGCCUUUGCGCGUAGUAAUCAGCUAACGGACAAGGCCGAGCGUGCAAAUAACUUGUUCCGGUCGAUGAUGGAUGCCUACGAGAAGGAUCCGAAAAUGAGUCACCUGAAACCAAACGUGGUGGCUGUUAAUGCCGUAAUGAACGCUUGCGCCUAUACCAUUCAGGGUGACAUAAACGAGCAGAAUCGCGCUAUGGAAAUCGCUCACAAUUUGUUGAAGAUUUUGGAAGACUCCGAUUACGGUUCGGCGGAUCAGAUCACGUACGGAACCUUCUUGAAGGUGUGCGCCAACCAGAUGCCGGACUGUGCUACCCGACAACAAAUCAUGGAAGUUAUAUUCCAGAACAGCGCCCGGGAUGGACAGGUGGGGAACCUUGUUAUACAGCAACUCAGGGCAAUGGGACCACCGGAACUGUAUUAUCGCUUGACUGGCCAUUACAUCGAAGAAGAUAUUCGAAUGGAGGACCUCCCAAAGGAAUGGUGGGUGAAUGUUGUAGAAGGACGAUGGAGGAAGCGCAAGCACGACGACCACCGCAACAACUAGAUCAACACCCUGUCGAGUAAGUGAUAAAGAAUAUAGUUGAGUCCUUGUUCUUGUUGCACGCUCCCCAUCUACAACACCGAUACUUGGAUGCUGUUAUGAUUAUAUACAAUACUACUCUUAACUCAAUCUAUAAUCAGUGAAAUUAUAUUCCUACGAGAGAAAACAAAACAACACAUAACAGAAAGUUUCGAAACAAAAAAGACAAGUGAAGAGCAUACUAUUAGACCAUUGCGUACGGACGACAAGGCACCAUUCCAAACAACCUACUACCACCCAACACACGCAAGCGUUCAUGCAUUGGUCUAUUGUCACCAACGAACUGCGACGACCACGGACAUCAAUAGUGUUAAUAUGUAUCCGUGGCUCGCAACCGACUGAUCGCUGCGCAACCUACAAGCACACACCACCAUAGAAAUGCAAAAAUCAGAAUCGCAAUAUGUAAUUCACACACUUUAGCCAGGCAUGCUAAUAAUCUUAUAGUACUAUU